AUGUCCGCAAUUCACUCCGAAGAAGACGUCGAUGCUACCGCUGCAAGCGAUCACCUAUUGCCGCGACUUUAUACCGACACGCAGGGAUCCCGCUCCCUACCAGCACAUCUAAGACCAUAUGGUCCUCUAUGGGAGCCGCCUUCAUUCGUCCACCCAGUGCACUGCGGAGGUGAUGGAUGGCAGAUCGAACGAGGCCAAGUGGGAUUAAAUCCGAUCACGAGAGCACGCAUGCAAGCUGCGGAAGCGGACUUAUUGUACGGCCCUGUGAUGGAUUUGGUCUGUGAUGUGGGUUGGUACAAAGGCAAAUGGAACAUGGAUCAAAGGACGGAAAACCCACGCUGGGGGGGAUGGUUCGACGAUCUGGUCUUGAAUUUUCAAGAGCUUUCUACUUCGCUCCUUGAUGCCGGGCAAAUUCAGCCGUAUUUGCCCCAACAGCUCAAGAUCCCUCCAGCUAUAAAGUCUGAAGACCGAUCCGAGCGCAUUCCGAAAGUCAUCUCCAGCAGUGCACCUUCCUUGCUCAUUGAUAACCCUGGAAGUAAUGGUCGAGGAUCGUUAGAUCUGUAUGCCGGCCCUCUGGAAGUGACGGGCGUCGUGCAGGACAAGGAAGAAACAAAGCAAGACAAGUUUCGGUUCGAAUUAUUUGCUGGAGCUCUUCUAAGUAAGGUGAUGCAUCUUCAAAAGUAA